GCAACUUUUUCGCUGCUGAAGAUGUGAAUUUCACAACUGUUACUAGGUUAUAUGGGCUGGUGCAAUGCACUCCUGACAUUGUUUCAUCUGAGUGCUGCAUUUGCUUGGCUGCUUGUUUGAGUGAGAUUCGUAAAUACUGUAAUGGGAAGGAAGGAGGUAGAAUUUCUAAGCCUAGUUGCAAUAUCAGGUUUGAAAUUUACCCUUUUUACUCUAUGGCCUCUCAUCCACCUCCGCCGCCAGCUACCUCAACAAGUAAAAUUGAGAAAAAAGGUUUUACAUCUAGGAUUGUUAUAACGAUUGUUUCUUCGGAAGUAGUUAUUUUUAUUGCACUUGUUGCCUUCACUUGUGUCUUUUUACAAAGGAGGAAGACAAAGCAGGGGCUUGGAAGUGAGCAGGAGGCAGACGGUUCUUGUGAAAUUGAUAACGUGGAAUCCUUGCAAUUUGACUUCAGCACUAUCAGAGCUGCAACAAAUAACUUUUCGAUUGAUAGUAAGCUGGGUCAAGGGGGAUUCGGUGUUGUUUUCAAGAGUAGGCUUCCUCAUGGACAGGAUAUGGCUGUUAAGAGAUUGUCAAGAAAUUCUGGGCAAGGAGAAUUAGAAUUAAAAAAGGAGGUCCUUUUAGUGGCAAAGCUUCGUCAUAGGAAUCUUGUUAGAUUCCUAGGUUUCUGUAUGAAAGGAAAUGAAAGGCUUCUAAUCUAUGAGUUGGUGCCCAAUUCAAGUCUAGACAGCUUCAUAUUUGAUCCCACAAAACGCUCAUCAUUGGAUUGGGAACCACAAUACAAAAUCAUUGGGGGUAUAGCACGAGGAUUGCUUUAUCUUCAUGAAGAUUCAAGGUUUCGGGUCAUUCACUGUGACCUCAAAGCUAGCAAUAAUCUUCUAGAUAUCGAUAUGAUUCUAAAAAUCACAAAUUUUGGAAUGUCAAGAUUGUUCGAAAUGGAUCAAACUCAAGCCAAUACAAGGAGAGUUGUUGGAACCUUGCAUGGAGAAACUGGACUAGAGCGUCAGCUUUAAAUCUGAUAGAUCCAGUCUGAGGGGUUGUUCUAGCUGGGUUGUCUUGUGUUCAAGAAAAUGUAGCCGAUAGACCUACAAUGGUUUCAGUUGUUCUUAUGCUGACAAGCUAUUCUCAGUCUCUCCCAAUACCCUCAAAACCAACAUUUUUUAUGCAAUCUAGCUCGGAGCUGGAUUAUUCAGAAUCUUCUAUGUUGGAUUGCAGUGAAAAUUAUUCUCAAUUUUCGUUGAAUGAGGCUGCAAUUACUGAACUUGACCCUCGAUAAUGUUUGAAGAUUGAAGUUGUAUCUUCGAAUAUUGAAACCUGUAAAUGCAGUUAAAUAACAAUAGGAGCUUAGCCAAGUAUGAGUGUAAACUAUUUUUGUGUCAUUAUAUGGUUUGAACUCUCGACUUUAUGC